GCCCUGGCCAUGGUCAGGGCUUCGAGCCAGAAUCUGGGCAGAGUCCUGGGGAGACUAAGGCGGGGAACCAGAUCCCUGAGGACAAAGAUGGGCGGGCCAGUGGGAUCCACCGACGCUGCCUGGUGCUGCUCCAAGGAGUCCCGGGCCUGUGGCGGGAGCAAACUUUCCUGCAGCCAAGGAGGCUCAUCCCGGAGCCUCAGCCCUCCUCCACCUGCCAGGGCUUAGCCUCCGCCCAGCCUUCGCCCACCCCAGUUCCCUCCUCCUCCCCCGCGCGCCUCUGUUCACCAGACUCCGCAUCUCUCUCCUCUCCCCUCCUCCUUCUCCCUCUUGCCUUUCUCCCCCACUUUUCUCCUGUCUCUUCUUUUGUAUUCUCUCCUCCCUCGCGGCCCCGGUUGCCUUUCGCCUCCUUGGGGCCGCAGGGGAGGAGGUGAGCGCGCUGCGCCCGGGGCCUGCGCGGCGCAGAGGGAGGCGUUUCUCCUACUUCUCCCGGGUAAUUUGGAGAGAUUGUAUGUGUGCGCGCGCGCGUGAGCUUGAGGCGAAAAGGGGUAGGAUUCAGCGCCAAGCAGAGAGGGUCAGGGUCUUUGACGCUCCUCACCAGCUGCACAAACCUCCGCAGCAAGUGCGAGUGUGGGUGAGAGUGCACGCGCGCACGGGCUGGCUGCGCUUGGCACGCUUGGUGGCCCGGGGCCCCGGGGCCCGGGGUCCCGUCUGGCGGCCCGGGAUUACCGUGACGUCACAUUGAGUCUCUGGCCACCUUGGACUGGGACACCUCGGGAGCUUCACAGCCCCGCGCAGCGCCGCGCCACACCUCGACACCGCGCGCCUUUGGGAACCCGCUCCUUCUUUUCUCCCCUGCCCAUCCAUGGGCCCUUCUGUCUUCGGGACCCCACGGGCCGGAGGGGCGCCUUCCGGAGCUCAAGGCUCGGCAGCUGGGCUGCCCUCGGCUCUGCCUCCAGUCGCGCCAAGCGGGCGGAGGAACUGGCGCUGGGCACCCGCAGCCGCGUAAGGAACCGAGGCGCUGCACGGCCGAGUGCGCCGAACAGCUAGGCUGAGACGGGAACUCGAAAGGGAAGAGGGAGGCGGGCCAGGGACAGCCACCAUGUCCUUCCCACACUUUGGACACCCAUACGGCGGCGCUUCCCAGUUUUUGGUGUCUGCAAGUUCCAGCGCCACUUGCUGCGAAUCCAGCCCGCGCUCAGUCUCAGAUGUGGCCUCGGGCUCCACCCCGGCGCCCGCUCUCUGCUGCGCACCCUACGAUAGCCGGCUGCUGGGCAGUGCGCGGCCCGAGCUGGGCGCCGCCUUGGGCAUCUAUGGAGCCCCCUACGCGGCCGCUGCAACUGCCCAGAGCUACCCCGGCUACCUGCCCUACGGCCCGGAGCCGCACGCGCUGUAUGGGGCGCUGAAUCCACAGUACGAAUUUAAGGAGGCUGCGGGAAGUUUCACAGCUGGCCUGGCACAGCCUGGAGGCUAUUAUUCCUAUGAGCCGACUCUGGGGCAGUACCAAUAUGAUCGGUAUGGCGCGGUGGAGUUGAGCGGCGCUGGGCGCCGGAAGAACGCCACCCGGGAGACCACCAGCACGCUCAAGGCCUGGCUCAACGAGCACCGCAAGAACCCCUACCCCACCAAGGGCGAGAAGAUCAUGCUGGCCAUCAUCACCAAGAUGACCCUCACCCAGGUGUCCACCUGGUUCGCCAACGCGCGCCGGCGCCUCAAGAAGGAGAACAAGAUGACGUGGGCGCCCAAGAACAAAGGUGCGGAGGACAGGAAGGCAGAGGGCGGCGCCGAGGAAUCGCUGGGCUGCCUCAACGGUGACACUAAAGACGUUACUGCUAGCCAGGAGGCCAGGGGGCUCAGGCUGAGUGACCUAGAAGACCUAGAGGAAGAGGAGGAGGAGGAGGAGGAAGCUGAAGAAGAGGAGGCAGUGGCCACAGCCGCGGACAGGCUGGCAGAGUUCCAUAAGAGCGCGCAGUCGCUGUCCCGGCCAUGCGCCCCGGCGCAAGCGGGUCGGCUGGAGCGCAGGGAGUGCGGCCUGGCGGCAUCUCGCUUCUCCUUCCAUAAGCCCCCUGAGUCGGGAGAAGCUGAAUUCCUCGCGGCGGAGCCCGGCGGCCCGAGGUUUACCCUGCACUACCCAUGCAGCGAGAAACCGCGCAUCUGGUCUCUGGCGCACACCGCGGCAGCCAGCGCUUUCGAAGGUGCACCCCCAACCCGGCCCAGGCCAUGAAGUCCUGAGAGCCACAUGAUUCCCGUACAGCCUCCAGCCUCCACCGGGCGACCCGCGGGCCCCGGAGACUCCGCGUGCGAGGAGUCUUCCCGAGUAGCCAAAGCGUUUGGAAACUCCAGGGUUGCCCUGCAGGGGCUACCGCUGAACUGUGCGCCGCGCCCGUGGAGGAGGGAGCCUGCAGUGCAGUGCCAGCACCCGUCUGGAGCAGAAGAACCGAACCGCCUGAAGUCAGUUUCCCAGGUCAGCGUGAGGCGAGGGGGCGAGGGGGCAUUCUUUCCGAGUAAGCAAAAGUGCAAACGCUUCUGGCGCAGGCCAACCAACGGGAGCUGA